GGAGGAGGGGAGUAAUGAGAGAGCAGGAGGAAAAUAUUGGUCCUCGCUUACUUCUCGUAGUUGAGAGACUUUUUGGAUUCUUCGCAGGAUCACAGCCAGGACGCGCCGCACAGGACGCACGACUGAUAGGAUGGACAAAUAGCAGCAGGAGGAGGAGAUAAUGUCUUUCUUUGGCCUCGACUGUGUCAGCAGGAAAGAGAGAGAGCUGGAGAGGAAACUCCGUGCCAAUGACAGAGAGUACAACCUGUCCUUUAAAUAUGCAACGAACGCCAUCAAGACCUCCAAGUACAACCUCUUCACCUUCCUACCUCUCAACCUGUUUGAGCAAUUCCAGAGGAUCGCAAAUGCCUACUUCCUCUUUCUGCUGGUGCUUCAGGUGAUUCCUCAAAUCUCCUCUCUGUCCUGGUUCACCACUGUUGUGCCUCUGGUCCUUGUGCUGACGGUGACGGCAGCCAAGGAUGCGACUGAUGACAUUAAUCGUCACCGGAGCGACAAUCAAGUCAACAACCGAAAAGCUCAAGUCCUUAUCGACAGAAAACUACGCAGCGAGAAAUGGAUGAACGUCCAGGUUGGAGACAUCAUCAAGCUGGAAAACAACCAGUUUGUCACGGCUGACCUCCUGCUGCUCUCCAGCAGUGAACCACUCAACCUGGUUUAUAUUGAGACAGCAGAGCUGGACGGAGAGACUAACCUGAAGGUGAGGCAGGCCUUGACGGUGACAGGAGACCUUGGAGACGAUGUCGAAAAACUUGCUGACUUCAAUGGCGAGGUAUGCUGUGAGGCCCCCAACAACCGCCUCGAUCAAUUCACAGGAACACUAACAUGUGCCGGUCAGAAAUACCCACUAGAUAACAAGAAGAUCCUGCUGAGAGGCUGCACCCUGAGGAACACUGAGUGGUGCUUUGGACUGGUGCUGUUUGGAGGUCCAGAAACAAAGCUAAUGCAGAACUGUGGGAAAAGCACAUUCAAGAGGACGAGUAUAGAUCGUCUGAUGAAUGUCCUCGUCCUCUGUAUCUUUGGUUUCCUGGCCUUCAUGUGCACCAUCCUGGCGAUAGGAAACUGGUUCUGGGAGGUGAACGAAGGCUCACAGUUCACCGUUUUCCUGCCGAGGCAAGAUGCCACUGAUGCUGGGUUCUCGGCCUUCCUCACAUUCUGGUCCUACGUCAUUAUCCUCAACACUGUGGUGCCCAUCUCCCUCUAUGUCAGUGUGGAGAUCAUUCGACUAGGAAACAGCUUCUACAUUGACUGGGACAGGAAGAUGUACUACGCUCGCAAUGACACCCCAGCCGAGGCUCGGACCACCACCCUGAAUGAGGAGCUCGGCCAAAUUAAAUAUGUCUUCAGUGACAAAACAGGGACACUCACUCAGAAUAUCAUGAUUUUCAACAAGUGCUCCAUCAACGGCAAAUCCUAUGGAGAUGUUUAUGACUACACUGGUCAAAGACUAGAAAUUACUGAGAGUACAGUGAUAGUGGACUUCUCCUUCAACCCUCUUGCUGACCCACGCUUUGUGUUCCAUGACCACGCCUUGGUGGAGGCAGUGAAGCUGGAGAACCCAGAGGUCCAUGCUUUCUUCAGACUGCUGGCCCUCUGCCACACCGUCAUGGCUGAGGAGAAGACAGAGGGUGAGCUUCUCUACCUGGCCCAGUCCCCAGAUGAGGGAGCCUUGGUGACAGCAGCCCGAAACUUUGGUUUUGUGUUUCGCUCACGUACACCAGACAGCAUUUCCAUCAUGGAAAUGGGACAGCAGCGCAGCUACGAACUUCUGGCCAUCCUGGAUUUCAACAACGUUCGCAAGAGGAUGUCUGUCAUAGUUCGGAGUCCAGAGGGGAAACUCUCUCUCUACUGUAAAGGUGCAGACACAAUAAUCUACGAGAGGCUGCAUCAAUCCUGCAGUAAACUGAUGGACGUCACUACAGAGCACCUCAAUGAGUUUGCUGGGGAGGGCCUGCGUACUCUGGCACUGGCCUAUAAGGAUCUUGAUGAGGACUACUUCAAUGAAUGGAGACAGCGCCACCAUGAGGCCAGCACCACAAUGAAUGACCGGGAGACCAAACUGGACCAGUUGUACGAGGAGAUAGAGAACGGCCUCCUGCUGCUCGGAGCAACAGCCAUAGAAGACAAGUUACAAGACGGAGUACCUCAGACUAUUGAGCAGCUUUCCAAAGCUGACAUCAAAGUCUGGGUUUUGACUGGUGACAAACAAGAAACGGCAGAAAACAUUGGCUACUCAUGCAACCUACUGCGAGAGGAGAUGAAUGAGAUCUUUAUCAUCUCCAGCAACUCGCCGGAGGACGUCAGAGAGGAACUGAGAAAUGCCCGAACAUCUAUGAAACCAGAUACACCGGAGUCAAUGUUUCUGCCAGAAAGGACGGUGGUUAAUGGUGUGAAAUUGAUGACGGAUGAGGUGGUGAGCGGCGAGUACGGUCUGGUUAUUAACGGCCACAGUCUGGCGUACGCUCUGGAGCACAGCAUGGAGCUGGAGUUCCUGAGGACCGCGUGUCUGUGUAAAUCCGUGAUUUGCUGCAGGGUCACUCCUCUGCAGAAAGCUCGGGUGGUCGAGCUGGUCAAAAAGUACAAACAAGUGGUCACACUGGCCAUCGGGGACGGAGCCAACGAUGUCAGCAUGAUCAAAGCGGCUCAUAUAGGUGUGGGCAUCUCAGGUCAGGAGGGCAUGCAGGCUGUUCUGUCCAGCGACUUCUCCUUCGCUCAGUUCCGCUUCCUGCAGCGCCUCCUGCUGGUGCACGGCCGCUGGUCCUACCUGCGCAUGUGCAAGUUCCUGCGCUACUUCUUCUACAAGAACUUCACCUUCACCUUCGUCCAUUUCUGGUACGCCUUCUUCUGCGGCUUCUCUGCACAGACGGUGUAUGAUGAGUGGUUUAUAACACUUUACAAUCUGGUGUACACAGCACUACCUGUGCUGGGAAUGAGUCUGUUUGAUCAGGAUGUGAACGAUGUGUGGAGUUUCCAGCAUCCACAGCUCUACGUCCCCGGUCAACUUAACCUCUACUUCAGUAAGAGAUCCUUCUUCAAGUGUGCCCUCCACAGCUGCUACAGCUCCCUCGUGCUCUUCUUCAUCCCCUACGCGGCCAUGCACAACACCGUGAGAGACGACGGGAAGGACGUCGCCAAUUACCAGUCCUUUGCCCUCGUAACGCAGACAUGCCUGCUGUUUGCCGUCACCAUCCAGUUGGGCUUGGAAAUGUCUUAUUGGACUGCAGUCAACACUGUCUUUGUGCUGGGCAGCCUGGCCAUGUAUUUCCUGGUCACAUUCACCAUGUACAGUGACGGCCUGUUUCUCAUGUUGCCGUCUGCCUUCUCUUUCAUGGGAACUGCCCGAAACACUCUCAACCAGCCCAAUGUCUGGUUGACCAUUUUCCUCACUUCCACUCUGUGCAUUCUUCCUGUGGUUACCUACCGCUUCCUGUGGAUUCAGCUCUACCCCACCAUCAAUGACAAGGUGAUGUUCAAGGUGAGACAGACCAAAGCGACACCACCCGCUCCUCCUCAACGUCACCGCAUCCGCCGCACCAGCUCCCGCCGCUCCGGCUACGCUUUCUCACACGCACAGGGCUAUGGGGACCUGGUGACGUCCGGCCGGUUCCUUCGUCGCCCCGCUGCGUCCCGAUCAUCGGGUUUUGCAAACAUGGGUCGCGCCACCACGGGCUUCAGUCCCAUGGGGCGAUCGGCCGGAUACAGCCCGACGGGACGUCCACAGAACUCUAAGGCCCCGGACGUGGAGGUGACGUCGCUGCAAAUGUACAGGACGAUCAGAGAUCCCGCCCUCUGAGUUUAGGAGGGUGUUUGGAGAAGUCCUGGGAGCAGAUGAUAACUGCACAUCUGAAUGUCACUGGCAGUGUUUAAUGCUCAGUUUUAUACACAAGUUGUUACCAUGAAGAACUCGCUCAGGAUUUCCAGAGAAAAAAAAACAUUUGCAAAACACAGCAGCGUUUUUGCUGCAAGCAUUUCAUUUUAUUUUUAAUCAAAUCUUUAUGCAUUUAAUUCAAGCAUUUACAUUUUUAAGAUAAAAUACUUGCUUUUGUUUUGUAUUAGGGAACUGCAGCUAAAUGUGUAGCCACUUCUUAUCCUGUUAGGAUAUUUAGCUCCUUAAACAAAUGAAAUGUUUCUGACACUAGACACAGUUACAGGGGGAUUUAUUUUUUAAUGAGAAGAAGAAAGUGUCAUCAUGUUUACAGACGUCCCAGACAUUUUUUUUUUUUAAUCAUGGGAGUCCAGAUGCACAUUGGAGCUUUGUCGAGGAAAUAACCAGCAACAUGUUGCACUGGUUAUUUAAAUAUAUGUACCACAAGUGUCUUUUUAAAGCUUUUAAAUGUUCCUAUCUCGAAGGCUGUGUAAGCAGUUAGCACUUUAACAGCUUCACAUGACAGUGGGAGGUGUUAUAAAUGUUCUUUUUCUCUGGCUCGAUGGAGAAGAUGGUAAAAGAAAAUCAGCAGGAUUCAGUAUUGUGGGAUCAUCCACAUUUUGAAGGGCAUUGCAGACUCUUAUUCUAACUGUUUGUUUUGUUUCACUGCGCUGGAUGAAUUUCAGGAAACAUUUCAAACUCAUUUGGGAAGAUAAAACAUAUCUCCACAGUGGAUGCCUAGGUUUGAUUUACAUAAAAAAGGAAAACAGGGAUAAUUAAGCUAAAAUCAUUAGUACCAGUUUUAAAUCUUCAGUGUUAAAGGAUCUUUAGUAGUGAAUCAUUUUAUCCUCUGGCAGCUUCUAAAUUUCAAUCAAAUAUAAUAAUCUAGGAGCAUCAAAAGAGGGGAAUUACAUCAUGGGAUAUCACAGUUUAGUCUGGAUCCAGUUUCAAAAUCUACAGCCAAGUCCCUCCUGACUUAACUGGAUGAAUGUUGCAUAAUAUGGCUGACAUGAGACAAAAUGUACUUUUGCAGCUGUGCAUCAAAGAAAGUUGUUCAGUAUAUGUGUUUUAACACUAUCCACAGCCCCACAGCCCACUGUCUCAUUUCUGAUCUGUGUAUUAAUUAACCACUUUUAACGCCAUUAGUUAACUAAUAGACUAUUUUAAAAAUAGUCCCUUAAUACAAAGUGGUACAAAUGUGUCUGCAGUCCAACAUGACAUUUCUAGAAUGUACUUCAGUGUUAAAGAAGCUGUAUGUAAGAUGAUUCAUGUGUUGAAU